GGGACGUCGAAUUCGUCUGUGCUUAAUGCUGAGAUCUCGAGCCCCGCCGGAGAGGAGGAGUCUUGUUCUACGAGGACGCUAGGGCUUCAGUUUGGGAUACUGAGGAGUAACCGGGACGAGGAGGAGGCCGAGGGUUUUGUGACGAAGGAGCUGUUUCCGGCUGCGGCGUCGUCGUCGUCGUCGUCGUCGUCGAGGGCGGCGCAUUGGGCGGAUCUAGGGUUGCAGCACGUGCAGGCGACGGGGCAGCACGUGAUGCCGCAGCAGCAAGUGAAGAAGAGCAGGCGAGGGCCGAGGUCGAGGAGCUCGCAGUACAGAGGGGUUACUUUCUAUAGAAGGACCGGGAGAUGGGAGUCUCAUAUUUGGGACUGUGGCAAGCAGGUCUAUUUAGGAGGAUUUGACACUGCUCACGCUGCUGCAAGGGCAUAUGAUCGUGCCGCAAUAAAGUUUCGAGGAGUUGAUGCUGAUAUCAACUUCAAUCUAAGUGACUAUGAUGAGGAUCUGAAGCAGAUGAGGAACUUGACCAAGGAGGAAUUUGUUCACAUACUUCGUCGACAGAGCACUGGGUUUUCAAGAGGAAGCUCAAAAUACCGAGGGGUUACUCUUCAUAAAUGUGGUCGAUGGGAGGCUCGGAUGGGCCAAUUCCUUGGCAAGAAGUACAUAUACCUUGGGUUAUUCGACAGCGAAAUAGAAGCUGCAAGGGCUUAUGACAAAGCGGCUAUCAAAUGUAAUGGAAGAGAAGCUGUUACUAAUUUUGAGCCCAGCUCUUAUGAAGGGGAAAUGCUUCCUGAGCCCGAUAGUGAAGCCAUUGGCCAUGACCUAGAUCUGAACUUGAGGAUCUCUCAACCGAAUGUUAGUAGUCCAAAAAAGAGCGACAGUUCCAUGGGUGUUCAGUUCCAUUUUGGUUCCUUGGAAGCUUCUGAUCCGAAGAAAGCUAGGGUGGAAAACCAUCCAUCUAUUCUGGGUGGUCAGCCUCAUAGCUCUGCAAUGACAUCCGAGCAUCCUCAAGCAUGGAGUGCUCUUUAUCCCACAUUAUAUUCCUCCAGAGAGGAUAGGGCCGCAGAGAAGAGGCCAAUUGUCAGUUCUGCCAUCCCUAACUGGACAUGGCCACUGCAUGGAUCAUCAUCGACGUUGCCGCUAUUUUCUUCUGCAGCAUCAUCAGGAUUCGCCGCCACCACCAGCACCACCUCGGCUGCCACUGCUCCCCCUCCCCCUCCCACCGCCCACCAUCUUCAGUUUCCUCCACCCACCACCAAUUACUACUCCAGGAACUGAAGUCAAUUGCAAUUGCAUUCUAAAGGUACAUACAUAGUGUGUGCAUGUAUGUACUCAUGUGAAAUUAACAUGUGAUACUAAAGACGCAUACCCAAGGGGGAGGCGAAGCAGAGGAUAUUCUUAUGCAAAGGAAUAAAGCACAGGGUGGUUCAUGUUUUCGUUGGCAUCAAACGUACAAAAUGCAUUCUUCCAAGAACUUCUACACAUAAGGGGCUGUUUGGUUCAUUUCCUUGAAAUCUAAGUUUGGGAGAUUACUUAUGGGAAAUAGGUUGUGGGGUCCAUUUCCACGUUUUUAAGCUCAUUUCAUCACAUGUACAACAUUUCUUUUUUUUUUCCCUCUUUUAACCAAACACAAGAAAAUGAAAUCAAACACCUUCACGUGUGUGUCGGGUGUCUUGAUUUUCUUUUCUUAGUUUCUCGGCCAACCAAAAAGCCUCCUCUAAUUGUUCACACACACGAGAUACACGUGAUUGAGUUCCUUUUUUGGGGGUGUA